AAAUACUAUCCCGAGAUCAGAAAAAAGUUCACGUAAAUUAAAUUUUAACUCAUUUGAUGAUUCAUCUUUUAAUAAUUUUAAACAAUUAGUAUAAAAGCUCGUUAAUUUCCCCAUGAAAUAUCCCAACAAUCAGAAACCGUCGCAUUCUUCACAUCAUAUCGUUGCGUAAUUCAAACAACAACAUGAAGUCGUCGGCCGUCAUGCUGACCACCGUGUUCUUCCUGUGCUCUGCUGUGUUCUUCGCCAAUGUUCGUCCCCAAGAUCUGCCAAACGAUGAGACAAAGGCAAAUGGGACUGGAACGCCACUGUCAAAUACGACCGGACCGCCAUCGAAUGGAUCUCAAUCGACCACAAAUGCGACCUUGGAUGAACAUCUGCAAGAGGAAAACAAGGGCAAAACUCGUCAGCCUGAUCCAAUGUUCCGUGCAAUGUUCCCGCAGGGAGACGGUCCGCGAGAGCUCUUAGAUAAAAAGAUAAAGGAUUAUAGCGACAAGGUGGAGCAUGUGCAAGCGUCUAGUCUGAUCAAUGAUGUUGCUACUGCCAAGAGCUCCGAGCCUGUAGGAACUGGGCCAACUGGCAAGACGGUGUCUAUGAUCGUAGGUUCUACCGGCUCCUCGAAACAUCCUUCGGUUGCUACUCCUGAUCCACCUGUUGCCGUGAAACAGCCUCGACCUCUGGGCUUACGAUAUACUUUUCUCGGUGCUAGUGGCGUCUUGUUGUUCUUGAUUUGCAUGCUUCUCUGCUACGAGCAAUGUUGCCAGUCGCCGCACUAUUGAUGAGAGGAGUUGUCGCUGCCCGGAGGAUGUUUGGAUGUUGUAGAUAUGUUCAUAAAUAUAUAUUUGCUUCCUAUACCCUAUCACACUGUAUUGGCCUAUUGUGUGUAGUUGGCAUUUGUGCCCAUAUAUAAAUCUCUGUAACCUCUAAUUCCCCUAAUAUUGUAUGUUAAUAUGUGGGAGUAUAUUCUCUGUCCUUAUAUUGUUUGUAUUGUUGGAUUUGUGAUAAAAAUGUUAUAAAAAUUGCCGGUUUUUCUCGAUUCUAGUUGAAAUCCAUUUAUUUUAAAUUCAUUCUCCUCUUUAAUAUUUAAUUUUGAUAAUUUUAACGGGUUGGCGG